AUGCACAUUCAAGUUUUCCUCAACGUGCUUUGCUUUUUACUGUCUCUUUUCUUCCAAACAUCCCUUGCCAUACCACGUUACCCCAGAGGCUACCAAUCCCGACCAGCUUCCACUGUCUUUCAGCUCGAGCGAAAUGGCAGCUGGUUUGAAAACCUCGCUGUUCAGUCAAACGGUAACCUUCUCGCCACACGAAUUGACGCCCCCGAGCUCUGGUCAAUCGUGCCAAGCAGCAACAGCAGCCACCUAGGGCAAGGCUCCCUUCUGCUCAGGUUCCCCAACGCUAUGAGUACUCUGGGCAUUACAGAAAUCGAUCGUGAUGUUUUUGCGGUAGUUGCUGGCAACCUAUCUCUCCCUAGCAUCACUCCUACUCCAGGUUCAUUCGUUAUCUGGACUGUCAACCUUACCGGUGCAAGGCCCGAGGCCAAGGUUCUAGCACCUCUGCCUGAAGGGCAGUUCCUCGAUGGGAUAACCAAGUUCAGCGAUGAUCUGCUCUUGGUUUCUGACGCCGCAAAGGGGACAAUCUGGCGCCUCAACAUCACAACAGGAGAAUCUUCGGUGGCCUUGUCACACGCCUCGAUGCUCCCUGCCGCUGGGCAGGCCGUGAAAGUCGGCGUGAAUGGGCUCAAGGUGCUGAACAACUUUGUCUAUUACACUAGCACCAGCCAAGAAGUCUAUGCCCGCAUUCCGGUUGACGGGAACGCGACGGCUGUGGGACCGGUCGAGAUCAUAACUAGUGGUUUUACGUUCGACGAAUUCAUCCUGACCGCAGAUGGAACAGCCUACCUUUCGACAAAUCCCCAGAACGAGUUGAUCAAAGUGUUGCCUAGUGGACGUGUCCAUUUGUUCGCAGGGAACCAGUUCAUGUUGACGGUGGGGGGGUCAACUGCUGUCGCGAUCAAUCGUGAACAUUCGAUUUUGUAUGUGGCGACCAGCGGUGCACAGUUUGCACCAGUUCUUGGACGGAUGGAGCCUGCGAAAAUUGUGGCCAUUCGCUUAUAA